AUGAAAGACUUCAACAUGGUCAGGCAACUGAGAGUUACAGCCGUGGGCUUAAUUGCAGUUGUUGGAACUGUACCUGGAUCUUCGAUUACAGUUACUGGUGCUCCAUUGAUAUCCACUGGCUUAAAAAAUUUGGGAAACACAUGCUACAUGAAUGCUCAGUUGGAAUGUGCAUUUCACAUUCCAGCUGUCCGACAAAUAACUUUGGCUGGAGACCCAAUGCCGGAGAUUGAAACUGAAAACGGUGACGACGAGGAAGAAAAGAAGAAUGAAGACGUCAAAGAUCCUAUUUUAAUAAAGAAAAAUGACAUUGCUCGACGAGACCCCAAUCAAGCCUUGGUUGCCAUGCAAGAGCUGAUACAUGAGAUGACAAUUGCCUCGGAAAGGAAUCUUCCUUCAGUCAUACCAAAAACAUUUUGUAUGCGGCUAGGAAUCCCGACUAUGGAGCAGCAAGAUUCUCAAGAGUUUUGGAAAUUACUUCUUCCUGCCAUGAAGGUGGAAUCGUUGUCAGAUUUGUACAAAGGCUCCUUUAAGGAUUACAUUCGCGCACUUGAUGGUUCUGGACGAGAAAAGGUUAGGGAAGAACUCUUUUUGGAUAUUUCUCUAGAUAUUGCCUCAAGUUCGUCACUCUUGGAGUCCAUGGAAAAGUCCUUUGGAGAACCUGAAUUGCUGAGCGAGGCUGAAGGGAAUGGUUGGAGACCAGAAAAGGGUGCUGAUAAAGUUGAUGCGCACAAGGGCUGCGCAUUGAUUGCCAAAGGGUUGCCGUCGAUCUUGCAAUGUCACUUGAAGCGUUUCAACUAUGAUUGGCAAACGGAGACGAUGAGCAAACUGAAUAGCCGUUUUGCCUUUCCAGAGGUACUUGAUCUAUCAAAGUUGUGCGGAGUAGAAGGGGAGGAAGCGAAGCAAACUAUUUAUGACCUUCAGUCCGUGGUCAUCCACGUAGGCGAAUAUCGAUCGGGUCACUACUAUUCAUAUGUCCGACCAGAUGUAAAUAGUGACAUAUGGUACCGAUUCAACGACGACGAUGUAGAGGAAGUAUCGUUUCAAGAAGUAAUUAGCGAUGCCUAUGGUGGCGGUGGCGGAAGGGCCAAUGGAAGAUUGCAAUCGCAAGGGAAGAAAGGUCCAUUUCGGUUUGUCCGUAGAAUUUUUGGCGGAAGAGGUCCAGUCUUUGGAUGGGGAGGCAGAACAGCAAAUGCAUAUGUGGUUCAAUAUGUCCGUCGAUCUGACAUUCCCACAUUAUAUGAAAGCUAG